ACCUUUUGAAUACAAAGAGCGUCUUAGAUAAGCCGGGCAGGCGAAGAACCAGUAUAAAAAGGGCUCCGAGCUCUAGGCUCCUCAUCAGCUCUCUUGCCUUCCUCCUCCUGGUGACCUUGAUUUGCCUCCAUCGCAGCAAGAUGACUUACCUCCAAGGACUGUGCGACGAUGACUGCUAUUCAUCCUGCAAUUACGGGAGCCUGUAUGGCUACCGAGGCUAUGACUGCUGGAAUCCUUGUGGCUACCGGGGCUAUGGGGGCCUCUAUGGCUACCGAGGCCUCUAUGGCUAUGGGGACCGCUACGGCUGUGGUGGUCUGUACGGUUACCGGGGCAUUUAUGGCUCUGGGGACUGCUAUGGCUAUGGGGGUCUGUAUGGUGGCUACAGGGGCUUCUAUGGCUCUGGGGACUGCUACGGUUACCCAAGCUAUUACUCUGGCCGCUAUGGCUACCCCUUCGGUUCACGUUAUGGCCAAAGGUUCGGCUACGGCGGCUGCUACUCCUGCUAAACUCAGUGGGAACUUCCCUGAAAUGAAGAUCUACCCAGACCUGGCAAGCAUGGACUGACAUCAAAUCUUGGCAGCAGUGGUCCCUGGUGAUGGCAGCCAUCCUCCACAGGGGCUUGGAGUGAUCUGUGCUGCUGUUGAAGUGCUUGCGAUGAUUUAUCUCUAGUCUGCUCUGUGCCUGCUCUCUCUCUCGCCACCCAAACUCUCCUCUUGAUCCAAACCUUACUUCUUCUUGAUACCGAGUUCUUUGUUUGUCACAAGGAUGUACAAAACCUGAAUGAAUGGUAUAGGGAAGGUGUAAUGUGUCUUUGGAAAUGUGGUCUUCUAGUUCUGUAUGGCUUUAAAAAUAUAUCCAUCUUUCACCCUUAUUAAAAGUUAUGCGGCAAAAA